CUCACCCAAUGGAUCCUAUCAAACCACAACCAAACAAAAUCUGCCACGUGGUGGCAAUGCCUUGGCCCGGAAGAGGCCACAUCAACCCCAUGAUGAACCUCUGCAAACGCCUCCUCCUCCGUCACCCAAACCUCAUCGUCACCCUCGUCAUCACCGAAGAAUGGCUCGGGUUCAUCGGUUCCGACCCGAAACCUGACCGGAUCAACUUCGCUACUCUCCCCAAUCUCAUCCCUUCCGAGCUCGUCCGUGCCAACGACUUCAACGGCUUCGUCGACGCCGUCCUCACUAGACUAGAGGAUCCGUUCGAGCGCUUACUCGACAGCCUCAACUCGCCGACUCCGACGUUAAUUAUCGCCGAUACUUACGUUUUAUGGGCGGUGCGUGUCGGAGAACGAAAGAAUAUUCCGGUGGUUUCUUUCUGGACUAUGUCGGCCACGAUGUUCUCCAUGAUACUUCACUCCGAUCUACUCAUAAGUCACGACCAUGCUCUGUUCGAACCAUCAGAAGCAAAAGAAGAGGAGAUCGUAGAUUACAUACCCGGUUUAUCUCCGACCAAACUGCGGGAUAUUCCGACAUUAUUCACCAGUAACAGCCUCGAAAUCUUCAAGAAGUGCAAGUUGUGUUUCGAUGAGAUUCCCAGAGCUAAGUGUCUUCUCUUCACUACGGCCCAUGAGCUCGAGCCUAAAGCCAUUGACGUUUUAACCACCAAGCUCGACAUCCCGGUUUAUGCAACCGGUCCUUUAAUACCAUUUCAAGAACUCUCUGAACGUAGCAAACCUGAUUACAUCCGGUGGCUUGAUGGGCAAGAAGAGAGCUCUGUGCUUUACAUAUCUCAGGGGAGUUUUCUUUCAGUCUCGGAGGCUCAGAUGAAGGAGAUAGUGGGAGGAGUGAGAGAGAGUGGAGUUCCGUUUCUUUGGGUGGCGCGUGGGGGCGAGUCAAAGAUGAAGGAGGCUCUUGAAGGUAGCUCUGGUUUAGUGGUGAGCUGGUGCGAUCAGCUGCGUGUGUUGUGUCAUGCAGCUGUGGGUGGGUUUUGGACUCAUUGCGGGUUUAACUCGACUUUGGAAGGGAUGUAUUCAGGGGUACCAAUGCUGGCGUUUCCUUUGUUUUGGGAUCAGAUUCUGAAUGGGAAGAUGAUUGUUGAGGAUUGGAGGGUGGGAAUGAGGAUUGAGAGGAGGAAGAAGACAGAGUUGUUGAUUAAGAAAGAGGAGAUCAAGGAAGUAGUGAAGAGGUUAAUGGAUAAAGAGAGUGAAGAAGGGAAGGAGAUUAGAAGAAGGGUUUGUGAUCUUAGUGAGAUGUGUAGAGAAGCGGUUGCGGAAAAGGGGUCGUCUAAUGUUAACAUAGACGCUUUCAUAAGAGAGAUUAACAAUACAACUUAAGUCACAAUGAGUUUGCCGUUGUUGUUUGGCAUAUGUUGUUACAAUUAAUUGUUAGAGAUCUUAUGUGUUUAAUUGAAGAUGGGUGUAUGUUGGAGUGUUGGUAGAGAUGCAUGAAUGGUGGUGAAAUAUCAUUUUCAUUUUUAUCAAGAAAAUUUUUGUGAUUUAUCACAAUUAUUUUUUAA